CAGCUCAUGCUGCUCCCUUGCAGGUCAGCUGAUGCAACUACAGGAAAGUGACUCAGGUCUGAGUGUACUUGGCACCAUCAUAAAUAAGCAGCUGGCUCCCCUCGCCCGGUGAUUGCAUUUGUGUCCUAUCCCUGGCAUGCUGGUGUGUAUGUGAGGACUUGCUGCUGGAAGUUCUGAGCUCCUCUGGAGGGCCGUCCAUGCUGAGCAGCAGCUUUGACCCCUUGGAUGGGCACAUCAACAGGUGGGCGGUAAGACGAGACACCAACCUCUGCCCAAAAGUGGGAGGCUCCGGCCUGAGCAGCUCGAUUACCAAGUAUCGGAGUAAGCAGCAUGAGCUCCACGUCCCCAAAAUAGCCCCCAGAGCCUAUAUAACACCGUGCCCCCGGAGAACCGUCAGUCCUGGGUCCAGAGUGGCACACGGCCGUUGCCACCUGCAGGCUCAGCAGGCUGCUCACAGCAGGCCCAGCGGGGCCCGGAUCCAUCACACCUCCCAGCAGAGACGAGCCUGAGAAGGAGAGAAGAAAGCUCUGAGGGGAGCACGGGCUGAGUGCUGCCCACACGGCUGUCGUGCAGCCUCCACAUUCCUGCACAGCAUCCUGGGGCUGCGGGCAGCAUGAAGGACUAUUUCCCAGUCUCAAUGCACCGGUACAGUCGGUAUCGCCAGAGACUGAGAGCUUCACGUACGGUGCACUUCCCCAACGACGUCGUCUUUCAGGACCACAUCAGGCAGGGGGACCUGGAGCAAGUGGGCAGGUUCAUACGUGCCAGGAAAGUGACUCUGGACACCAUCUACCCCUCCGGCAUGGCUGCCCUGCACCAAGCGGUGCUCACGGGGAACCUGGACUGCGUCAAGCUCCUGGUGAAGUACGGCGCCGACAUCCACCAGAGGGACGAGAACGGCUGGACGCCCCUGCACAUGGCCUGCAGCGACGGCCACGCCGAUAUCGCCAGGUACCUCUUGUCGCUGGGAGCCAGCCUGGAGGCAACCACGGACGACGGGGAGAAGCCGUCGGACCUCAUCGACCCCGAAUACAAGGACCUGGUGGAGCUUUUCCAGGCCGCCACGAUGGACUGAGGGGGA